AUGCCGGCAAUCAUCCGGGCGACCUGCGUCGCCAACCUUCUGCUUCUCGGCGAAGCGAGCGGCCACUUGAUCAUGAACACUCCGAAGCCCUACAAUCUCGAUAUCCAACCUUUUCUUCAGGUUGACCCCAUCAGCGGCGAUCACUACCCGUUCCCUUGCCACAACCAGCACGACUUCACAACACGUACUCCGGUCGAGGCUGGUCAGGCGACGCUUGUAAACUUCACCGGCGGUGCCCAGCAUGGCGGAGGGUCGUGCCAGUUCAGCAUUACGUACGACGAGCCGGUUGGAGGUAGCAGUUGGAACAAGUCGGCCAAGUUCAAGACCAUAUACAGCAUCAUCGGUGGUUGCCCGGCCGUCUUCACUGACGAGACUCGCAACCUCGCGCCGGCGGCCAAGGAUUCGAACAUGCGUGAGGAUGGCAAGCAUUGCGGAAAUGACUCAGGCAUCGACUGCAUUCGACACUUCAUGGUUCCGAUUCCCAAGUUUCUCAGGAAUGGCCCAGCUACCUUCGCCUGGACUUGGUUCAACAAGCUGGGGAACAAGGAGAUGUACAUGAACUGCGCCCCCAUCAACAUCACCGGUGGCACAGGUGACGAGAAGCAGAUCGGAGACCUCCCCGACAUCUUCAUCGCCAACUACCCCAACGACCCCGAACUUUCCACCUGCAUCACGGGCACGCACGACGACAAGGUUGUCGUCAACUUCCCCAACCCCGGCAAGUAUGGACUCAUUCUUCAGGACCCGCUCGAGCCUGUCAACAAGCCCUUUGGCUACUGCACCCAGAUUCCGAGGGCCUCGGUACUUCCGGACUUUGAG